AUGUCAGUACUAGCUGGCCAAUGGAAGAGCGAUGGUUCGGAUGAUCCAUCCUUUGGUGACAAGCAGAUGACAUUCUCUUUGGAUGUCAGCGAAGAAACACAAACUUUAGCCAUGAAAACCACGAAGACUAGGCCUUCCAAUUUCUUGUACGAACUGGAUCCACCAGCAAAUUCAUUCUUUCUAGAAGUUCUUGUGGACGAAAAGACCAAAGGAUCCAGCUUGAGCGUUGGAGUUGCCAAGCUAUCAAAUUUGAAGGUUGGUUAUGGAACCAAAGGUAUGCUUUACAAUGGGAAUCUAACCAACGGAAUGGCAGCAUUGAAAACAAGCUUCGGGCCCUUUCUCAAAGCGGGAGAUAGAGUCAUCGUGGAAUAUGUAUUAAGUGGCGACUUUAUUGAGGUGACUUACUAUCUCGAUGGCGAAUGUUUGGGAACUGGCUUUCGUGUACCAAAGGAAAACGAAGCUUUUCACCCUGUCUUGUCCAUGACAGGAGAGGUGACCGUCACGGCCACGGUCACGGCCGAGAUCCCACCACACAUUAUCAAAGGUUACACUGAUCCCAAUUUUAUGCGUAAGACCUACAAUAUUGUCCAAGCCAAAGAUGAAUCUGGGACUACGAUAAUUCCGACGGAAGGUGGUGACGGCAGGGAGAUUAAGCUGACGGUGAAUCCCACCAAAGACGACAAAGUGACGUUGACAGUCGUGGUAUGCAACAUUCUAUCCAUUGGAAAGAACUUUGAUACUACCGAAAACGGAAUUUCGAUGUCUUCCGUCGAAGGAAGCGAUGUGGUGUCGAGCACGCGAAGCAAACCCAUUCCUCCCUACGAUGUGGUGGAGAAGGCGAUCAGACAGAGCAUGGCAACUGGAUGGGCUGCCAUAAACUUUUCUGCUGAUGGGAAAGCAAUGACCAUUCUGGAUGCUAAUGGUGAAUCUGUGGCAACUGGAGAGAGAAUUGUUGGAGAACGUGGGCAACCUGCAUUGGCAUCCUACUAG